CAUACAAACAGGUUUUCCAAAUUCCGUUGUGCAGACAGCAGUGCAAAGCACUGUAAGAUAUCUACAUAUAUCUACAACACACAAGGGUUGGUGUUUGUGCACACCCCAAACAUACCCCAGGGAAACUCAUUGCAUCCGCCGCGCGAGCUUGAGCUCAUCAGCAUGCCGUGCCAUGGUCCACAUCAACACAAACAAAAAUAAGUAGAAAGGGUGGUAUCAGAUUUAAAACAAGGGGAGGGGAGGGGGGCAUACAGAAUCACAUACACGGUUCUACCUAACACCCCUAUCGCCUGCACUCUACCCAUUGGCCAAUAAAGGCACGGCACGAUGCGAUGUGUCGAUCGCGUUUGGGCAUGUUGCCGUGUGUCGGGUCUCCCGUGUCUGGGCAUUUUCGCGCGAUGUGUCGGUCGCGUAUCGUCGUUUGGUUGGUUACAUGUCGCGUCGCAUUUGGGUGUGUUGCCGUUGCGUCUCUUGUGUCACGUCUCUCGUGUCUAUGCGUCGGUCGCGUACAGUCGAUGUCAGUCGUUUGGUUGGUUGCAUGUCGCGUCGCGUCGCGUUUGGGCACGUUGCCGUCGCGUCUCUUGUGUCGCUCUCUGGUGUCUGUGCAUUUUCGCGUCCAUACGCGGCAAGCACGUCGUGUGA